AUGUUGUUUAUGGUUUACUUGACCAAACAAGGUAUUUAAUGAUGAACUCUUGAAUAAUUUCACUACUACGACAUACCUAAACAUACAUAUCAAGGAGUGCAUUUUCUCUAUUAUCUAACACAAUGGAGACAUCAGGGGAACUCUUUGUUACUUUGCCGAACGGUUGCAAGAUCUGCUACCAGACUUCUGGCAACCCCUCAGACCCAGCUAUCCUUAUAAUUUCGGGAUAUGGAAUGUCCAUGACCCAGACCCCCGAAGCGUUUGUCCGGUUGCUUAGCCCACCAGACCAUCCUCACUUCAUUGUCCAGUUCGAUUACCGGGACACCGGCCUUUCGACCUCUUUCCCAGAGCCGCCUUACGGAGAGCGCGCCUACACGUUCGAUGAUAUGGUGGAUGAUAUUGUGGGGCUCAUAAACCACCUCAAGCUCAAGCGUGUGCACUUGAUGGGCACGAGCAUGGGCGGACCGGUAUCCUGGUUAACAGCGGGUCGACUUCCCGACAUCGUCGAGAGUCUAGCUCUCAUCUUCACGAGCCCGGUGGGGCGCAUACAGAACGAAACGGACAAUCUGCCGUCGAUGCAGAUGGAGGGGCAUUAUAUACUCACCGACGCGUUUGAUCCGCCCACAGAUCGCGACGACCACGAGGGCUGGAUUAAGCACUACGCGACGAUGUCUCUCGCCAUGGCGACCAAGCCGCCUACGGAAGAGGAGAGGGCGGACGCGAGACGCAUAGCGGAGGUUACGUACCGCCGGGAGCGGGAGAGCGGGACGAUGUGGACUAAGACGAACCACUCGGACGCGUCGGGAGUAAGAUGGCCCAGGGAGGCGCUCAAGCUCGUCAAGUGCCCGACUGUCGUCAUCCACGGGGCUAAGGACCAGCUAUUCUCGGUGGAACACCCGAAGGCCCUGAGGGACGGCGUGGAGGGAGCUACGUUGGUGAUUAUUGAUGAUUGCGGACACGAGUUGCCCCACCGAGCGCUGAAGCCCGUGGCCGACGCGAUCCUCGCAAACGCGAAGAAAGGAGAGGAGAUGAAGACGGCGGGGAAGUGAUAUUUACGGUCUACAAAGUGUUUACUCGAGUAUUUUCUCGCCUUUUAUGCCUGCUAAGUUAACCGGUAUGUAUAACUCCCUGACUAAGAAUGCAAUGUAGAAUAGGCAGAAUAGGCUAGAGAAAGAAAAAGUAGUUUGAAUUGGAGCCAGCUGGAAGAGACAGAUUGUCUAGCAAUUACACACCUCUCCUGAUAGAUAUAUUAGGUACCUGGU